AUGGAUGGCCCUGUUUCCAUCAAAGGCUGGGUCCGGACCGUGCGGAAGCAAAAGACUCUCGCCUUUGUGGAAGUCAACGACGGCAGUAACCUUUCCGGCAUUCAGUGCGUGAUUGUUUUUGAUAAAGUCGACGAAGCGACCAAGGCGGAACUCGAUAAGGUCACGACCGGAUGUGCGGUGGAACUCACCGGCCCAUUGGUGGCUAGUCAAGGCGGGAAGCAAGCGGUCGAAUUGGCCGCUACAGUCCUGCGUGUCGUGGGAGCCUGUCCGGCCGAAACUUACCCGCUCGCCAAGAAACGUCACACUCUGGAAUAUUUGCGAUCGAUUGCGCAUUUGCGGCCCCGAACAAAUACCAUUGCUGCGGUAGCUCGAGUACGAUCGCAUUUGGCCGGCGCGAUUCACGCUUUUUUUCAAACGCAAGGGUUCGUGUACGUGCAGACGCCUCUCGUGACAGCUUCGGAUUGUGAAGGAGCCGGCGAACUGUUCCGCGUCACGACGCUCAAUCUCGACAGCGUCUCGACCUUGCCCAAAGCCAAGAACGAGAACGGCAAAGAGCAGGAUCGAGUCGAUUACAGUGAGGACUUUUUCGGUAAACCGGCAUACUUGACUGUCUCGGGUCAGCUGGGGGGUGAAACACACGCCUGCGCGUUGGGUGAUAUUUACACGUUUGGUCCGACGUUUCGAGCCGAAAAUUCCCAAACGAGUCGCCAUUUGGCCGAAUUUCACAUGGUCGAACCGGAAAUGGCCUUUGCUGAUUUGACUUCCGCCAUGAACAACGCCGAAAAUAUGCUGAAGUACGUAGUACAGCACGUGUUGGACUCCUGUGGGGAAGAUUUGGAGUUCUUUCAAAAGUUCUACGACAAGGCCCUAAUGACGAGACUGGAAAAACUCGUGCAGAAACCAUUUGUUCGCGUUUCUUACCGGGAAGCGAUCGAGUUUUUGCAGGAAGAGAUCAACAAGGAUCCCAGCAAGUGGCAAUUUCCAGACGUAUCCUUUGGUACCGACUUGGCGACGGAGCAUGAACGAUGGUUGGCGGAAACCAAGUUUGAAAGUGCCGUGUUUGUGUACAACUAUCCCAAGGCCAUCAAAGCCUUCUACAUGCGUGAUAAUGAAGAGGACGGCGGGGAAACGGUCAAUGCCAUGGACUUGCUUGUUCCCGGCGUCGGAGAACUGAUCGGUGGGAGUCAACGUGAGGAACGGUUGGAUGUACUGGAGCAGAAAAUUGCCGACGUUGGGCUUGAUAAGGAAGACUACUGGUGGUACCUGGAUUUGCGCCGGUUUGGAUCCGUCCCGCACGCCGGGUACGGUCUCGGAUUCGAACGGUUGGUGACCUACGUGUGUGGCAUCGAAAACAUUCGAGAGGCAAUUGCCUUUCCCCGGUAUCCCGGCAACGCCGAGUUUUGA